AUGACCUCUCCCGGGACAACCCUAAAUGGAAUGUUAGUCCAGCCAGCCGAAGCCAAGCCAGAGAAUCAGUGCAAGAGGCCUGGAAUUAUUAGUGGAAACUUUGAACACAAUGGGAUAGAUGUGAUGAAACUGAUGCCCAGUGUAACUACCACUGGGGAUGGUCCAAAUGGAAAGAGAAUUGAAGGCUUUCUAUACACAUACACAAAAGAUCAAGUAUGUAUAGUGUGUAUAUGCCAUGGCAGCUUUCUCUCACCGGCAGAGUUUGUUAAGCACGCUGGUGGCAAGGAUCUGCAGAACCCCAUGAAGCACAUCACCGUCCAUUCUGCCCUUUCAGCUCAAGGUCAGCAGUAG